UGUCCCUCGGACACAGCGGAUCACGGAAAGAGCCGAAGAUGGGACAUGUACACUGAUCAUCAGGGCACUGAUGAUCAGUGUGCCUUGAUGAUCAGUGUGGCCCCAGAAGUGCCACCUGUCAUGCUCAUCAGUGCCACAUGCCAGUGCCCAUCAGUGCCACGUGCCAGUGCCCAUCAGUGCCACAUCAAUGCCACAUAUCAGUGCCUACCAGUGCACAUCAAUGCCACAUAUCAGUGCCCAUCUGAGCUGCCUUUCAAUGUCACACAUCAGUGCCAGUCAGUGCCAUCUAUCAAUGCCAAUUAGUGCCACCUAUCAGUGCUGCCAAUCAGUG